AUGAGAGUAGACCAUGUGGAAUUCUUGAAAAAGGCAUAUAUAACGAUGGAUGAGAAUCCACCUGCUAUAGGACUUAUCUCUUUAAGUGCCAUGGACAUGAUGGAGGAGAUUGAGCAAUCAUUAAUCGCCAAGUACAUUACUGGUAGCGGACUGACACCGGUUUCGAAGCGGAUCUCCGCGGCGGAGGUUCCGGGAUUUAGGCCUCCCAGGGAGUGGAAAGCGGUGUUCCUUUGCCAUCAGAGCAGUCAUGGGAGAUUUUCAAUCAGAAUAUCAGACAUCAUUUCGAAUCAGUACGAUGUUUUGAUUCCGAAAUUAGCAGAAGCAUACGGCAAUAAAUCAGUGUGUUUCAUUGUUUGUGACGUAGUGGAGGAGAUAACUAAUCGAAUGCGAGCCCGCCAAUUCGAAAUCCUGAAGAGAGACCAGCCCGCCCUCAUUCGACACACAUCGGGCAAUGUGUUCUUUUGCAGCGAGGUAGGGACCAUUCACGAAGAGGACUCGACCAAAAUUAAAAAUAUAAUAAACGAGAUUUGUGAGGAUUGGAGAAAGAGACAAGAGGAAAUAUCAAGGCUAAAGCAAGACGCCCGUUACUCGAAUGAUCAACGAUUCGAAACAUUGAAUGGGUCAAGAAAACCACCAAUACCAGCAAAGCCAGCUAUAAGACUAUCCCGGUGGGUUUAAGAGAAGCCUGCACUCUAGCUCGAAACAGGCCUUGGAUCCGUUGACCUUCGAAACCGAUUCUUUGAACUUUGCACGUUUACUGGUCACUCCAAAUUAUGACCAAAUAGCGGAGCGC